UGGGGCAGUAUUUGAUCCAAAUCAGAUCAGUGUUGACGCAACACACAAACUCCGCACAAACGAUCAAUCCUUACCUCGUCCUUCUGUCAUGUCAGUUGAUGGAAGGUCUUCACUAUCUUCACACCAAGAACAUUGUCCACGGAAACUUAAAGCCCUCCAACAUCAUGGUGGAUGCCAACGGAACGAUAAGAUUGGCAGAGUUUGGACUCCAACAGGUUCUGUUUCAACAAUGCAGCCCAAAUUUCUCCUCUCAGAUCUGGUGGGCCAGAGAAUGCCAAACCAUCUACUUCACUACAUGGAAGUACAUUUGCACGGAGCUUUCAGACAUACAGACAGCUGGAAUGCUUCUUCAUUUCAUCAUGACGGUGGGGAUCCACCCUUACGGCUGUACCGUGAAAGACAUCAUGGACAACAUGAGAAACAACGUGAUCCAAAUCCGAACUGAGGACGUUGUCACUUCGGACCUUGUUUGCUGGAUGUUGUGUUCGGAAGCGUACAAGAGACCAUCGACUACGGAUGUGCUCAGACAUGUGUUUUUCUGGGACACCAACAAGCGGUGGAAUUUUCUCCGGACUUGUUGUGGAAAAGAGAGUGAUUCUUCCACUUUCGAUAUCGUCCAGAUGCACAAGGAUUUAGACAUACUCAGCGAACUGCGGGACAUUCACAGUAAAUGGAUCACGGUGCUGCAGCAAUACGUCGAACUGAAGACCGGCUGCAAUCAGUUUGCUGACACUCCAAGCGGUUUAUUAAAGUUCCUCAAAGAAAAUAUUGACAAUUUGUCGGAAGUCAAGGAACUCUUCUUGAAAGUGUUUGCCUAUAUGCCUCUCAAUCUAUACCGAAUGUUGGAACAGACAGACUGGAUAAAACAUCCUGUUCUCGAGCCGUUCACUAAAGUCGAACUUCUCUCAAAGCCGUAACGAUUCAUUAUUGGUAACAUUCAAUCAAGUGCAAAAAGUUCACAUUGAACAGCUCAAUUCGCUAUUGAUUUCAAAAUUCA